GAGAUUCCAGUCUGACUCCAUCUGCACGCUGUACGCACCCCAUUGGUCAGAAGGCACCGGCUAAUGGUGGGCGAGGGUUCCGAUUGGCCGCGUCGGCUGUCACUCACAGCGAACGACGGCUGCGAUUGGCCGACGUGCCCGGACCUAAGCGAAGCAGAUUGGCUGAUACUUGUCCGCCUCGCUGCCGAGAUGACAGGCGAGUGGUGCUGAUGCUGUGACAAUGGGAGUCAUCCAGACGAGCAGCAUCUGGACCGAGUGUGCUUAAAAGACACAGCGGCGGGGCACAACGAGUCCACUGACUGGGUCCGGACGGGAAGUGCAGCCGGGUGAGAAAACACAGGGGGGAAGGAAGCUCCAGCUGCGGCUCUGAGAGGUGCAGUGAUGGGAGCGUUCAGCCGGCAGAAGUUUUUCCAGGAGCUCGCUCACGGCUGCCUGCUGCCUACAGCUCAGCAGGGCCUCGAGCAGGUAUGGCAGCUGCUGGUUAUCUGCCUGCUGUGUCGGCUUCUCUGGAUGUUGGGCCUCCCCUCGUUCGUGAAACACCUGGGCACGGUGGCGGGAGGUUUCUACACGCUCUACCUGUUCUUUGAGCUCCAUAUGAUCUGGGUGGUCCUCCUCAGCCUUCUCUGCUACCUCUUCCUCUUCCUGUGCCGCCACUCCACCAUCCGGGGCACCUUCCUCUCCAUCACGGUGCUCAUCUACCUGCUGCUGGGAGAGCUGCACAUGAUGGACACCACAAACUGGCACAAGAUGAGAGGUUCACAGAUGGUGGUCGCCAUGAAAGCCAUCUCUCUGGCCUUCGACCUGGACAGAGGCGUCGUGGCCAGCGUCCCCUCACCCAUCGAGUUCAUGGGCUACAUUUACUUCGUGGGCACGGUUAUCUUUGGUCCCUGGAUCAGCUUCAACAGCUACAAAGAAGCUUUAGAGGGCCGUAAGCUGAGCUUUUCGUGGCUUUUAAAAGUGUCUGUUAGCUGGGUGAAGAGCCAGGUCUGCCUUGUUAUAUCCAACUGUGUGGCGCCCUACCUAUUCCCUUACUUCAUACCGGUCUACGGAGACAAGCUGCUGCGAAGCAAAAAGAGGAGGAAGAUCAGAGGUACACCGGCGAAGUGGUUGCUGGCAUAUGAGAACACAAUGUCUUUCCACUUCAGCAAUUACUUUGUUGGUUAUUUGAGCGAGACCACUGCGACUCUGGCUGGGGCGGGCUUCACCGAGGAGAAAGACAACCUCAAAUGGGAUAUGGCUGUAUCCAAGCCGCUGAAUAUAGAGUUCCCCCGGUCGAUGGUGGAGGUGGUAACGUCAUGGAACCUGCCGAUGUCUCGCUUCCUGAACACCUAUGUUUUUAAGAGUGCGCUCAAAUUCGGGACGUUCUCUGCCAUCAUGGUGACGUACACGGCCAGCGCCCUUCUGCAUGGUUUGAGUUUUCAUCUGGGUGCAGUGCUCAUAUCUCUCGGGUUCAUUACGUACAUUGAGCACGUGUUGCGGAAGAGGCUCGCAGCCAUUUUCAAUGCCUGUGUACUGUCAAAGAAAUGUCAGGCAAACUGCACUCACAGGAACAAAAAGGGACUAUGGGUGUAUAUGAUUAACAUAGUGUUCAGCGCAUUGGCAAUCCUCCACCUGACGUACCUGGGCUCUGUGUUUAAUUCCAGUGUGGACUACAUGGAGGAGGAUGAGGACGAUAUAACCCACCAUACCAUCCAGAAGUGGUCGGAGCUGAGCUGGACGAGCCACUGGGUCACAUUUGGGUGCUGGAUAUUGUACCGCCUCCUUCUCUAAUAACAAGAGAUGGAGGAGCGGAGAAGGUACAGGAAGCAAUAAUGAGAUUUGUAAGGCCGGUUCUCCACUUCUGCACUGUGACUUUGUUCCGCUUCAGGCCGAAGAGUACAGAAUCAUCCUGUGUAACGACAGCGAACCGACACACGGUGUGCAGGGUUUGCGCCGCAUGUUGGCUGGGUAAUCUAUCAUUCUAACCUGCUGCGGACUAGUUUUGAUAUCCAUGAAAUGAUAAGACCUCUCUCUCCCUCCUCCUCCUCAUCCUCCUCCUCCUCCUCCUCCUCCCUCCCUCCCCUCCUCCGUAUCGCAUCCUUUUUAUCUGAGCCGCAGUUGUCAAGCCCCCAUGUUGUGACAGCAGUUACCGAUGUCUCACUGUGAGUCACAAUCAAUACCAAUCAGCAUGGCGGAGAUCGGCUGCUCCUUUCUGUGGACACAUGAUAGAGCCCAUUAUCUAGGUUUCAGCAUUGACUGCGACAGAUGUCCUCCAGAUGUGGUUCUCCCCCCCCCCUCCCCCUCACCUCAAGUGUUUUUACAAUCGUAUUUUUAGGUUUAAAGGAUAAGGCUGGUGAUAUUUUCUGCUUCUCUUGUCUUCAAACAAAUACCCAAAAGACCAAAAGCAACAAUGUCGUCGUCGCUUCCUCAACACCCUUCUUGUGGCUCUCAGACAAAUCCAUGAUAUAUAUACGCCGCAUACAUUUAUUUAAAAGGCUGAAUCAUUUUCUAAAAAAGCCACUGAGCGCUGUAGAUUUGCAGACUUCUGUUGGGGGACUAUUUUCAGCAGCGGAUUAACACACAUUUCACGCUCUAGUGGGUGUGUACAGCAGCAGUAAGGUAUAUGUGGGAUGGACUCAAAAUAAACUGCAGCGCCCACGUUCAUUGUAAUGAAGGAGAAUGUCAGCCGGGCGCAACAGUUUGGCUCAUUGAUACAUUUUGGAUAAAAAUGGAACUCUGUGACACAGAAGAAUAAGAUGGAGGCAGAGACAACAGUUUUUAGUUUCAUGGUUUUCACAGAAUAAUCAACCAGUCAGUGUUAAUGUAGAAUAACUGUUAGCACAAUAGUAAUAAGUGACAUCAUCAGAUUGUGGACAUAACUGUAGUUGUUGACCACAUAUUUGUUUAAAUGUCCAUUUUCUAUAUUAUGUUAAACAAGCAGAGUGUAAAGGAGAUGUAUUCUGCUCAUUUUAAGGUUCAUAAUGUUAUUUUGUGAUACGACUACAAUAACUUUGCUGCUUUAAUGCUGAAAAAGCAGUUCAGUUCUCUCCUUCUGUCUGGUGCUGCAGCUCUGUUUUAGCUCCUGUCUCUUUAAGGCCUCCCCUCUGCUCUGAUUGGUCACCUCGCACACGUCUGACCUAGCAACAGCAACAGAGCAGCUGGGCUAAAUCGAUUCUUACGUGCCAAACUAGCCCCUAGGCAGAAAAAAUGCAAAUACGUGACAUGGUGAGGCAGUGUGAUGUCACAAAGUCACUGAAUUAAAGG